AGAACCGUUAUUCAGAGGUUGCGCACGAGGGCUGCUUGAUGCGCGCUCGCGCCGCUGGGACACUGGUGUCGGGGUUAGUGCUCGCUGUCAGGUGGACUCGGAAAACUCCGUGUAAAUGGAAAAAAUGUUUGAUAAUUGGUGAUGCUUUCUGUCAAGAAUGUUUAAUAGGUUUAACACGAGUGAAAACGGCGGUGCGGAAUUCUGUCUGAGUUUGUGUGGAGAAUUAACUAGCGAGUCUACUAUGGCUGGUUUGGAUGAGUCUGAAGUCGGUGAGAAAGUCUUAAGUUAAAGAUCGGCUGAGUUUUUCAGAAUCAUCUCAUUCAUUGGGACAUGGGACCAGAAGACGUCCAUCAGAUGGAGCAAGCACAAAACUCCAAGAGCUUUAGGGUUGUUCUCUGCCUCUGUCCCCCAGAACGCACAGAAAUGCGAACAGCAGAGACGAGAGCCUCCAUCAGAGUUAUCGGGAUGAACAGAGUGACUGUUGACACUGGCAGAGGUCACAGGCCACACGUCCUGGAUUUUGAUGCUGUUUGGAGUGAAGGGGCUUCGCCAAAAGACAUCUAUGAUUCAACGACAAAGUCCUUGGUGGAGUAUGUGAUGAAGGGGUAUAAUGGCUGUGUUAUAUUGUAUGGACAAUCCACCAGCGGAGAGACACACCCAGUUCAAGCCUGCAUCACCAGACAGAGGGGCAUAAUCAGCCGUACUGCUGAGGACAUCUUUAAUUCUCCUGAAGCUUCACACUGCAGAGUCAGAGUGUCCUGUUAUCACAUCUCUAAUGAAAAGAUAUACGACCUGUUGGAGCCUCAGGUGAGUGAGGUGUGCCGUAUCCACGACACAGAGGAAGUGGUGCUUCUGGAGGGGUUGAGAGAGCUGGAGGUCGGCUCCGCUCAGGAACUGAUGGACGUGUACCACAGUGGGAUCACCCACAGGAACACAGGUGCCUCUAAAGGAGAUUUUGCCAGCAAGUCUCACAUGAUGUUCAACAUUAUGGUCUUAAACAUGAGAGGCAAGUCUGAUAAAGAAGGAGUUUUGAUAGCCAGCAAACUUACUCUGGUGGAUCUCGCAAUUUCAGGCAAAUCUGCAUACAAUAGUUCUGCAGUUCUGGAUAUGAGAAGAAGUUUCCAUGUGGCUCAAGAAAACCUUCAGGAGGCCAAAACAAUUAAAAGAUCCCUUACAAUCUUUAGAAAUGUGAUAUAUUCUCUGAGCAGUACAGGCAUUCAACACAUUCCAUACAGAGAGUCCAAACUCACUCGUGUUCUGAGAGACUGUCUCGGAGGAAACUGCCGGACAUGUCUUAUGGUCUCUGUGCCAACCCAGUCGUCCUCCGUCACUGAGACUAUGAGUUGCCUUCAGUUUGCUGCACAGGCUUUGAAUGUACCUUCACGGCCCAUACACACCUCCCAGAUCCGCUACACACCUGCACAGGUGCCAAACAUGUGGUCAGCAGAAAAGAACAGCCUUCUUCUUACUAGAACACAGAUCCUCCCACCGGUCAGUGCAGAUCGUAGAUCUCAAGCCUCCUUGCCGUCGAUUGUGAGCAGUCCUGGACCUCUCACUCAACUCAAAUCCAAACGCAGCCUGGAGGUUUCAGAGAGCCGCUCCUUCUUGCCACACCUAGAGAAACCCAGACCACCAGAACCAAGCGGAUAUCACGGCUGCGGAUCUCGGAUUACAGAAGAAAAGGGUGGAACAGUGGAUGUUUGCAUCGUGAAAAGUGCCAUCCCACUCUCCCGAUGCCUCUCUGGGUCUGUUUUUGCAGAGCCCCUUCACCGUCACUCUACUGAGAAAACUUUAUCCUCUCUCAGCUCCUCAUCUAUCCCUCCACUCCUCCCCGAGUGCCCCAACUGUAAACAGGAACGAAAGAUCAGGGAGGAAUACGACAAAUUUAUUAUUCAGGUGAAGCGAGAUCGAGACAGCCUGAGCCAGAGAGUGACAGAGCUGGAAAAAGAUCUGAAGAACAGAGGAGCAGAGCAGAGGGACAACGGAAGGGUGGAGAAAGACAAGCGAAGAGCGGAGAGAGACAUCGGAAGACAGGAGACAGCAACUGGAAGCGAUGAAACUGGGAAUGCGAAAAAGACUGAAGAUGAAGUGAGACAGAUCAGUAAACAGGGACAUGAAAGGGAAGCUGGAAAUGACCAAAUUGAAAAAGAGGUGAGUGAUAACAGAAGUCAGUACAGAGAGACACAGAAGGAGGGAGAAAAAGACACAGAAGGAGGGAGAGAAAGAGAGACACAGAAGGAGGGAGAAAAAGAUGAAGAAGGACAGAGAAGCCAGGAAAGUGAAGGAGAAAAAGAGAAUGACUCGACUGGAAAGGAAUCUCUUAGCACCUCACAUGGAGUAUCAGCGGUGCCAAAAAAUGCUGAGGAGGGUCUGCUAUCUGAGCUGAGCAUCCGAAAGGAGUAUGAAGAACUGAGGAAGAGUACAGCUCUGUCUAUCACACAGCUCCAAAAAGAAAAGGCUGAGCUGCUCUCCCACAUAGAUGACACCAAAAGCUGUUAUGAAAGAGUUUGUUUAGAGAAUGCAGAACUAAAAGCAAAACUCGAAGCCCUCUUGAAAGAAUCCAACUCCAGACCCUGCUCCGGUUGCAACGGUGACACGGACACACACGGCUCGAGUGCACACACCAACGUGCGCAACUCACACACAGACACACACUCCUCACACACACACACGGUCACCACUAACACGGAAAUGCUCGUUGUGUCACACAGUGUUUGUCAACAGUGCACCAGUGAGCUUCCUCAGGAUAAAGGGAAUAAGUGUUGCUUCAGCUCAUGUUCUGGCUUCCAUGAAUCAUCCGAACCGCCUGAGCCGACUUCACACACCUGCCGCUGUGAACCAACACUACACAAACCCAACCUCUACAAACAACUAAGGAGGGAGCACAGCCUGUUGCUCGACGUGAUGCUGGUGCUCUAUAAAAGAGAGUGGUUCCUGCAGGAUGCCAUGCCGUACGUCAGACGCACUCUUAAAAAAUGUGGGCUGACUCUGGAUGACUCAGACUGAGUGGUCUAUUUUCUGUGCUGGUGGGAGAACAAGAUCAGAUUUAAUUAGUUCAAUCAGAUUAGUUAAAACAAGUUCCGUCCUGAUCUCAGUGCUGCUUUCGAUACUGUAAUUUAUAGACAUGAUCAUUUCUGUCUCUCAGCUGUUGAUCUUACAGAUUUGUGCCACACACACACAUCUAGCACAGCAACUGUGAAACUGGGUGAUCUUCUGGGAUCGCUUCUUGGCUUUGUCCUCUAUUAUUUAGAUGCUAGAUUUGGGUCAUAUUAUCUUCCAUUUUUGUAAUACUGCUGAAAGAAAAAGCUGCAGAGACUUUCCCAUGCCUUUAUAACUGUUUGUUUGGAUUACUGUAAUUCUUUUAUUAUUGGAAUUCCAGCAAAAAGACUCACACAGCCCCCAGACACACACACACACACACACACACAUACCCAUUUAGAAUUCUACUUAGAGAUCCUCUACCUACAGUAUACAAAGCAAAAACCUUUCUUCUUUAUCUUCAAUUAUCCUCUGAACACUUUAGGGAUGAACUGCAGUGCCACCUGUUUCCAAGACCUCGUCUGACCUCAGUACCUGACCUCAUUAAAUGCUCUUGUGGCUGAAUGAACACAGCCACGAUCCAAUAUCUAGUGGAAAACCUUCCCUGGAGAGUGGAGCUUAUUAUAACAGCAACAAAGAACUGGAAUGGGAUGUUCAACAAACACUUAUAUGACCAAGCUGGUGUUUGUAUACUUUUGGCCAUAUAGUGGAACCCUUUAUUUGGAACAACACCUUGAUGUUAAUUAUAAUGAGAGAAAACGAAGUUGCAACUCAGGCUCAAAUAACAUCUUUAAAGGACGGGUUGCUUGAUACUGAGAUAGUGAUAUUAAUCAUGCAUUUCUUUUUAAACAUCAGAGAAGUUAUUGACGCUGUGUGCUUCUAUUUUUAUGGGAAACAGGAUGUGACUUUUUUGCAGACAACCCCCCCCCCAACCACCAUCACCACGACUACACACACACACACACACAGAGCCAGGCAUGUUUUUCUAGCGGAAUGUCUAGAAGAAAAUGCAGAAUGUGUUUCAUAAGUUUGUUAGCUACUCUAGCAUAACUAUCACACAUUUACAUCUUUUAAAAUAUUUAAAAUGUUUCUCACUGUUAUUUUUAUUUAUUAUUCAUGAUUUCACUUGAACAUAUUGAAUUAUCCCUAAGUUGUUGGUUUUAGUUUUCUGUUGCCUUUCCGAACCCUCGUGUAACUGAAUUAGUAAUUUUUUCUGCGAUUGAAUAGGACCAAAACAAAACAAUCUGAAAUGAUUUAUUUUUAUGUAUACAGUCAUUCUUGAUAUCUAUGCUUGCAAAUUAGGACUAUUAUGACAUUGUUUACUUCCAUUACCACAGUCCUAGUCAGUUUAACCAGAGGUUUCUUGGUAACCAAACCUGGGAAACACACUGGUGCUCUUACUUGCCUCUUGGGUGAGCUAAUAAAUUUAUCAUAUAUCCACCCAAAAAAUGAGGUUCCACUGAAUUUGAGCUCCUGGCAGUCUUUAGUUUUACUCUAAUUAUCCUCUAUGAGAGGUAGGCCAUUGUGUGUUGUAGCUACUAAUUCCCCAUUACAUUUCCACCUUUUAUUUUAUUUUAUUUUAUUUUAUUUUAUUUUAUUUUAUUUUAUUUUAUUUUAUUUUAUUUUAUUUUAUUUUAUUUUAUUUACUGUUCAUUUUAUUUACUGGUUGUUGGUUUCUUCAGUCCAUCUCUGUACAUUAAUGUGAAUGAAUGACUAAAUCUGAUGGAUCUGAUGGAAAA